UUCACACACGCCUGUUAGGCAAUAUGGCCAAAAUUCGGCCGCGAGAUGACAGCAGCGUCGUAGGUCAAGUCAUGCGCAGAUGCAUGAUUUUUGUGACCGGAUAAUCUCGAUAGCAGUAGAUAUUUUUCUUCGCGACCCUUUGACAGUUUGUUCUGAAUACUAAAAAUAAAUCAAAAGUAAAUAAAAAUAAUGAAUUGUAGUGUCAAAAAUUGUAAGGGGAAAAAAAAAUUUAAAUUCCCAAAAGACCCUGAAUUAAGGAAACGAUGGUUGGAAGCAAUUGAAAGACCGAACUAUAAUCCAAAGUCGUGUCAUGGUUUGUGCACCAAACAUUUUCAACCAACUGAUAUUUACACAGAAAGUGUCAUAGGAGGAUAUGAAAUGAGUCGUGUCAAAUUAAAAACUAAUUGCAUUCCAACCAUCUUUUCUGAAAUAGAAAGAAAAAAAGAAGAAGCACCCUCAUCGACAGUGACAGAAGUACAAAGUAUCAGCAAUCCUCACUCAAUUAAUAACAGUGACAUAAAUGAUAAGGUCAAUGAAUCAUCUGGUACAAACGAGUUCAAUAUGGAUUGCACAGAUUCACCUGUACACUCACACAAUAUAAAUGAAUUUGAGUGCAGUAUUGCAUCAGCUCAACAACAAGGCUUUGAUGUGUAUGAAGAACUAUACGUCUCACCUGAACCAGUGCAUAAAAAUAAUUUAAUAAGUGAACAAGUGACCAAAAAUAAUUUUCACAAAGAAAAUAAAGUAGUCGCUGUUCAAACUAUUGGAUGUGCAAAAUACAACAUUGAAGAUUACAAAGACAAACCUAGACAAUUGCAACACUUUACAGGAUUGACAUAUGAAAAGUAUAUGGUUGUUUUGCAAACAUUAAAACCACUUAGAAAUCACUUUGAGAAAUUAGAAAAAUCAAAAAAUAUUACAGUGAACAAUCAGUUAUUUUUAGUUUUGUGGAAAUUGAGAAGAGAUGCCUGUAAUUUAGAGUUAGCUGAACACUUCAAUAUCAGUGAAACUUGUGUCAGUGAAAUAUUUCAUGUGUGGAUAAUUUCUAUGGCUAAAUUGUGGUCCCUUAUAGACAUAUGGCCAAGUAGAGAAUUAGUGAAUUUUUAUAUGCCUCAUGUUUUCAAAAAUAAUUAUCCUAAAACCAGAGUGACACUAGAUGCCACAGAAUUGAAGAUAGAUGCUCCCAACAAUCCUAAAUUAAAACAAGCUACUUUUAGUACAUAUAAAAAUAGUAAUACGUUGAAAGUUAUGGUAGGGACUAGCCCAGGUGGCUUAAUAUCUUAUAUUUCUGAGCCUUAUGGUGGUUCUACUAGUGAUCGUCAGAUAAUUGAACGCAGUGAUUUGAGGCAGAAAUGUAAAGCAGGUGAUGUGAUACUUGCGGAUAAGGGAAUCAUGGUACAAGAUUUGUUUGCCCCAUGCGACGUCACUGUGUGCACACCUACUCCAAUGGUCAGUGGAAAUUUGUCGCACAAUGUAAUUGUGAAAGACAGAAAAUUGUCCAAGCAUAGAGUUCAUGUGGAGAGGAUUAUUGGACUAAUGAAAACAUAUACCAUUCUUUCAAAGAAACUCACUCGUGAUCUUCUCCCUUUAUCAUCAGAAAUAAUCAGAGUAUGUAUCAUGCUGGCUAAUUUUAAAGAUAAUAUUAUGUAA